AUGGCUCUGGACUUCAGCAUGUCGGACAGACGAGACACUGUGCCUGGGCCACAGCACAUAACAAACCCUGACUAUCCCCUGUCUAACCUCUAAUCCCCCUCUCUCGCCGCCGAAUUACCCUCUCUCCCCCUCGCUCAGCCACUCACCCCCGAAUCUCCCUCUCCCUCUCUCACCCUCUCUCACCCCUGAAUCACCCUCUCUCUCCCGUCUCUCACCCCCGAAUCACCCUCCUCUCUCACUCCCCGAAAUCACCCUCUGUCUCCACGCUCUCUCUCUCUCUCCGCUCCUCUCUCUCCUCAGAGUGAAUUCGCCUCUCUGUCCGUCUUUCGAAGGGCAUCUAUCCCUCAAUCUCUCACCCACUCUCUCUCACUCUCCCUCUCUCACCCUCUCUCUCUCCCUCUCUCACCCCCGAAUCACCCUCUCUCUCACUCCCGAAUCACCCUCUGUCUCACGCUCUCUCUCUCUCUCUCUCUCUCUCUCUCUCUCUCUCUCUCUCUCUCUCUCUCUCUCUCUCUCCCUCUCUACAACACCAUAGACAUGAAGAACAGUACUGUGUUUCUCUGUCACAAGUAUUGAUAACGACACAAUAAGGACUGUUACUGUUCAUUAAUAGGGAAAGUGACGGAGAGCAGCAAUACAGGCCUUCACAAAGUGUCACCUACUCUAAACAUACGUUCACAUACGUUAGUAUGUACUAUCUGCAUACAGUAUGCCCAAAUCAAUGUUAGUUCUUAUUGAUAGGAAGGGUAACGGAGAGGGACACCUUCUCUGCACGUACAUACUGUACAAACACUAUAGAUACAUCUGCAUAGUCCGGCCCAGUCACAUGGGGUUGCUGCUGUAGAGUGGGUUCGGAGGUUCAGAGAGGAGGCAGCAGGAUGUUUGUGAAAACAGUGAUUUAAAUUAUUAAUCAUGGCUAUGCUAUUUUACACUCUUUCCUUCCUUCCUCUCCCACUCGUCCAUUGCCCCCCCCUUUCUUUCUCUCCCUCUUCUCCCCCCCCCCCCCCCUCCCUCCCUCCCCCUCCCUUCUUUUAAAUAGUAUUUUAGACUUUGUUACGUUUCUGAGUAAGCUUUAUUAUUUUGUUCCACUGUUUCUUCAUCUCUGUCCCCUCUUGCAGAUAUUUUGUGUUGGAUCCAGACAUGGGUCAGCUGCAGUACUUUGUGAACCAGCACAGUAAGAAUCAGAAGCCCCGGGGGUCCCUGCCCCUCAUAGGGGCCUCUGUGGCCCCCAGCGAUGAACUACCACACAUGUUCACUGUCCACUCUGCCACUGGAGAGGCCUACAAACUCAGAGGUAGGUGGAGGAUGUCUGUUACUCUACAGAUGUUAUUAGACAAAGACAGUUAUUGUACUUCUCUUAGUCUGGCUGGUCCAGGAUCUGUUUGUGCUGUCUUGCCAACUCCUGCAGACAGCACAGAAUGAUCCUGAACCAGAUGAGGUAACUUAAUACAAACUCAGAGGUACGUUACUGUACGUCAUUCUUAGAGCCUGGUCCCAGAUCUGUUUGUGCUGUCUUGUCAACUCCUAUAUGAUGGGGAUCAUAUCGUCUGAUGGUGAUCAGAGGAGUUAACAAGACAGCACCUCUUCCACUGUUCACCUCUCUCAACCACAGGUUUCCUCUUGUAUCUCCUCCUCUGUUCAUCUCUCUCAACCACAGGUUUCCUCCUGUAUCUCCUCCUCUGUUCACCUCUCUCAACCACAGGUUUCCUCUUGUAUCUCCUCCUCUGUUCACCUCUCUCAACCACAGGUUUCCUCUUGUAUUUCCUCCACUGUUCACCUCUCUCAACCACAUGUUUCCUCUUGUAUCUCCUCCUCUGUUCACCUCUCUCAACCACAGGUUUCCUCUUGUAUUUCCUCCACUGCCAACCAUUAGCCAUUUUAGACAAUGUUUUAAAGCAGCUUUUUAUCUUUAUAAAAACCACAACAUUUCCAUGCACCAUAAGGCUCUGGUCAAAAGUAGUGCACUAUAUAGGGAAUAGGGUGCCAUUUGGGAUACAACCUCAACAUCCCGACCCCCCCAGUUGGACACAACAACCACUCUGAUGGCUUUAAGCCUGGACAUCUGACAUCUCAAAUUCACACUUUGUCUGGAGGUUUCCUAAAUUCCCCUGCUGCUGUUGCUGAGAGACAUACUGUAAUGAUCUGUAGAGACAUACUGUAAUGAUCUGUAGAGACAUACUGUAAUGAUCUGUAGAGACAUACUGUAAUGCUCUGUAUCUGGGGGUAUGUUGAGACUGGAGAGACAUACUGUAAUGAUCUGUAUUUGGGGGUAUGUAGAGACUGGAGAGACGUACUGUAAUGCUGUAUAUUUGCAGGUAUGUUGAGAUUGGAGAGACAUACUGUAAUGAUCUAUAUUUGGGGGUAUAUUGAGACUGGAGAGACAUACUGUAAUGAGCUGUAUUUGGAGGUAUGUUGAGACUGGAGAGACAUACUGUAAUGAUCUGUAUUUGGAGGUAUGUUGAGAAUGGAGAGACGUACUGUAAUGCUGUAUAUUUGCAGGUAUGUUGAGACUGGAGAGACAUACUGUAAUGAUCUGUAUUUGGAGGUAUGUUGAGACUGGAGAGACAUACUGUAAUGAUCUGUAUUUGGAGGUAUGUUGAGACUGGAGAGACAUACUGUAAUGAUCUGUAUUUGGAGGUAUGUUGAGACUGGAGAGACGUACUGUAAUGAUCUGUAUCUGGGGGUAUGUUGAGACUGGAGAGACAUACUGUAAUGAUCUGUAUUUGGAGGUAUGUUGAGACUGGAGAGACGUACUGUAAUGAUCUGUAUCUGGGGGUAUGUUGAGACUGGAGAGACAUACUGUAAUGAUCUGUAUUUGGAGGUAUGUUGAGACUGGAGAGACGUACUGUAAUGAUCUGUAUCUGGGGGUAUGUUGAGACUGGAGAGACGUACUGUAAUGAUCUGUAUUGGAGGUAUGUUGAGACUGGAGAGACAUACUGUAAUGAUCUAUAUUUGGGGGUAUGUUGAGACUGGAGAGACAUACUGUAAUGCUCUAUAUUUGGGACGCCCCAAAGUUUUGGGACUUUUAUACAUUUUUGAUAAAGGUCCAAAACACAAACUGAAAGGUACACAAACAAACUGAAAGUAUUAGAGUGUGCAACUUUAUUUUCUUUUAGUUUUUUCAGUUUCCAGUCUGCGAGUCAGCACUUCCUUAACAUUUUAGUGUGUGUGCAUCUUCAGCUCCUAUACUCUGCAGUAACCUCUCUCUCUCUCUCUCUCUCUCUCUCUCUCUCUCUCUCUCUCUCUCUCUCUCUCUCUCUCUCUCUCUCUCUCUAGCGUCGGACGCUGGGGAACAGCAGCUCUGGAUGAGUCAGCUGCAGCUCUGUGCCCGGCGCCACUCUGACUCCAGUGCCAAGGUAGGCUACUGUGCAUCACCUUUACAUACUGUAGAAUCUAUAGGCUAUACCACCUCGUCCUUUACCUCCUUUUCAUAAUGUAGAAUCUAUAGGCUAUACCACCACGUCCUUUACCUCCUUUACAUACUGUAGAAUCUAUAGGCUAUACCACCUCGUCCUUUACCUCCUUUACAUAAUGUAGAAUACAGUGGGGAAAAAUAGUAUUUAGUCAGCCACCAAUUGUGCAAGUUCUCCCACUUAAAAAGAUGAGAGAGGCCUGUAAUUUUCAUCAUAGGUACACGUCAACUAUGACAGACAAAAUGAGAAAAACAAUUCCAGAAAAUCACAUUGUAGGAUUUUUAAUGAAUUUAUUUGAAAAUUAUGGUGGAAAAUAAGUAUUUGGUCAAUAACAAAAGUUUCUCAAUACUUUGUUAUAUACCCUUUGUUGGCAAUGACACAGGUCAAACGUUUUCUGUAAGUCUUAACAAGGUUUUCACACACUGUUGCUGGUAUUUUGGCCCAUUCUUCCAUGCAGAUCUCCUCUAGAGCAGUGAUGUUUUGGGGCUGUCGCUGGGCAACACGGACUUUCAACUCCCUCCAAAGAUUUUCUAUGGGGUUGAGAUCUGGAGACUGGCUAGGCCACUCCAGGACCUUGAAAUGCUUCUUACGAAGCCACUCCUUCGUUGCCCGGGCGGUGUGUUUGGGAUCAUUGUCAUGCUGAAAGACCCAGCCACGUUUAAUCUUCAAUGCCCUUGCUGAUGGAAGGAGGUUUUCACUCAAAAUCUCACGAUACAUGGCUCCGUUCAUUGUUUCCUUUACACGGAUCAGUCGUCCUGGUCCCUUUGCAGAAAAACAGCCCCAAAGCAUGAUGUUUCCACCCCCAUGCUUCACAGUAGGUAUGGUGUUCUUUGGAUGCAACUCAGCAUUCUUUGUCCUCCAAACACGACAAGUUGAGUUUUUACAAAAAAGUUCUAUUUUGGUUUCAUCUGACCAUAUGACAUUCUCCCAAUCCUCUUCUGGAUCAUCAAAAUGCACUCUAGCAAACUUCAGACGGGCCUGGACAUGUACUGGCUUAAGCAGGGGGACACGUCUGGCACUGCAGGAUUUGAGUCCCUGGCGGCGUAGUGUGUUACUGAUGGUAGGCUUUGUUACUUUGGUCCCAGCUCUCUGCAGGUCAUUCACUAGGUCCCCCCGUGUGGUUCUGGGAUUUUUGCUCACCGUUCUUGUGAUCAUUUUGACCCCACGGGGGGAGAUCUUGCGUGGAGCCCCAGAUCGAGGGAGAUUAUCAGUGGUCUUGUAUGUCUUCCAUUUCCUAAUAAUUGCUCCCACAGUUGAUUUCUUCAAACCAAGCUGCUAACCUAUUGCAGAUUCAGUCUUCCCAGCCUGGUGCAGGUCUACAAUUUUGUUUCUGGUGUCCUUUGACAGCUCUUUGGUCUUGGCCAUAGUGGAGUUUGGAGUGUGACUGUUUGAGGUUGUGGACAGGUGUCUUUUAUACUGAUAACAAGUUCAAACAGGUGCCAUUAAUACAGGUAACGAGUGGAGGACAGAGGAGCCUCUGUGAGAGCCAGAAAUCUUGCUUGUUUGUAUGUGACCAAAUACUUAUUUUCCACCAUAAUUUGCAAAUAUAUUCAUAAAAAAUCCUACAAUGUGAUUUUCUGGAUUUUUUCCCCUCAAUUUGUCUGUCAUAGUUGACGUGUACUUAUGAUGAAAAUUACAGGCCUCUCUCAUCUUUUUAAGUGGGAGAACUUGCACAAUUGGUGGCUGACUAAAUACUUUUUUUCCCCACUGUAUAUAGGCUAUACCACCUCGUCCUUUACCCCCUUUACAUACUGUAGAAUCUAUAGACUAUACCACCUCAUCCUUUACCACCUUUACAUACAGUAGAAUCUAUGGACUAUACCACCUCGUCCUUUACCUCCUUUACAUAAUGUAGAAUAUAUAGGCUAUACCACCUCGUCCUUUACCCCCUUUACAUACUGUAGAAUCUAUAGACUAUACCACCUCAUCCUUUACCACCUUUACAUACAGUAGAAUCUAUGGACUAUACCACCUCGUCCUUUACCUCCUUUACAUACUGUAGAAUCUAUAGGCUAUACCACCUCGUCCUUUACCUCCUUUACAUACUUGUCAAAGCGACGUGUAUGUGGUAGGCGAAGGACACCGAGCUACUGGCAGAAACUUUACUGGAUACAGUGCAAAUACAAAGUACAAAGGCAACCUCAAAUAGAGAGGAAAUAAUACGACCCGCACACAUGGGCAACUGCCGCAAAGACCAAAACAAUUACGCACAAUAGACAAUGAGAAACAGAGGGUUAUAAAGGGAACACAAUAAAACAUAAAUAAAAAAAUGAAUCCUGUUUAUUACAAGUUGCAACAGGGAGACGCCUCCAGAUCAGAAGCAAAGCAAAUGUCUAAUGGACCUUGUCUGAGAAAGCUCUUAUAUAUUAAUCACACAGCACCAAAUGUUCUGGAAACACCAGCCAGAGAGGCUAUAGGAAGUCACAACAUCAGCUGCACCACAUCACACAGUGUCACCGAGAUAUUGUCAGUGUCCCCGGCCCAGUCUGGAGCCAAAAUGUAACCAUAACAUUCAACACUGGCAGACAUUUGAUAGUGUCAGUUAAACAGGUCAAAGGUAGAAACAUCAGCACAUAGUUACAACAGAGAAUUAUAGACCAACAAGUGACAUGGUUAACUCCUGUUUCCCUUCCCCUAAGGGAAUGCAUCUGUCUGCGUCUCCCCGCACAUACAAUAAUGUUUAUUAAAUAUCAAUUCAUAUCAACAGUGAAUCAAAUACAGGGAAAUAUUUCCCAUUACAACUAUUUAUGGAAUAGGGUGCCAUUUCGGAUGCAGGCCUUGGUGACAAACCCAAGGCGAGCAGCCCAAUAGUCUGGUGAUACAGUCAAAUCCUGCGCUGACAUUUUUAAAAUGUAUUUUGGAUUAGUUUUUUUGUCCAGAAAGUGCACUGCCGAGAACACUGAGUCAGUGGGUCAGACUUUGUUCUGUUUUGCCCUAGAAAGGAAGCCUUUAAGAAUUCUAAUACUGGUGAAACUAGAGGGAGGUUGAAAUAUCAUACAGAUAGAUGCUGUAUCUUAAUUCCAGCCAGUUUGCUACAGCAGGAAAUGUGAAUUGUUAUGUGGAUUUUAAUUAAUGGGGUUGAUACAUUUUUCGUUAGGGCAAAUCAAGUCUGACAUUUUAAAGUGGAAAUUACAAACUUUAGAAGCCUUUUAAAUCUUGAAUACACUACCAGCUUGCAUUUCCUGCUGUUCAGGACAUUUCCUGCAACAACAGGAUGAUCAAAUUAAGAUACAUCAUUUGUAUAGUUACAGUUUUCGAUGAAACCACCAUAGUUUCAAAUGAGCUAUCACGUUCAUUUCAGAAGCGCUAUUAUAAUUUAAGCUACCAUCACGUUAUAGUACAACCAGGUCAUUUGCUUGUUAAAAAUAGACAUAUUGAUACUGUUGUUGAUGAAACUGAGGGUAACAGGAUAACAGUGUCAGUUGGACAAGUCCAUGUAGUCCCUCCCUGUAUGUCUGUUUUUCUUCCGUUUGGUGACUAAUGAACACAACCCAUAUCUGCUGAGAGCUAGCUUCCGCUGCACCAACCCCUACCCUGGUUUUAUGAUAGGCCUACCCAGGAAUAGCUGGUUUUAUGAUAGGCCUAGUGCAUAGAGAGAACAUUGUAACAGUAAAUGCUUUGGUAACCAUGGUGCUGCCGUCAUCUCCAUGUUUACUUUGUGAGUCACUGCCUUCCCAGAGGUUUCAUCAGCUCAGUCGACACAACAUCCCAUCGUCCCUCACUCGUAUCAACAUCAUUCCUAUUUUACAGCCAACGUCAUUCAGAAACGUUAAGCGUGUGUAGAGGUUGUGUAAACUGUAUCAUUUAUCUAGAUAUUGUGUGUCAGUUUACACAGAGAUGAGUGUGGUUGACCCAACAGAGUUAAACAGAAGACCAUUGUCUUUUCAUGAAGUGUUGGACUAACCCAGAGCCACAGGGCAAGGAAGCAGUGUUGGUUGUGGUGUUGUAGGGACCUGUUGUUUUUGCACCAACAGUUCAACUAAGUUAGUGUGUGUGUGGGGGUGCAUGUGCACGAACACUUGUGUAUCUGUGUAGAGGUGGGCAGGGGUCACAUGACUAACUAUUGCCCAUGUCCAUGAGCACUGCAGCCAUUUCACUACCAUAAUCUCACAAAACAUUGUACUGACUAUACAGGUGAGUUAAAACAACUGGGAUGCUAUAAGAGAAGGGUUAGACUGGGGGGAUGGCUCCAUGCUAUUGCAGGGAGAGUACUGAGUAAUUAGGGUGAUGUGAUUUACCUUGAGAGAAGAGUAGAGAGAGAGACUGAGAGCCUGAGAGUUCCUGUUUCACUCUGAUAGAGCCAAGCCCAUUAGACAGACAGUCUGUUAUGUAAACCCAGCUAACUUAUAAACCAAGCCCAUCAUUCCUCCUGUCCUGGCUGAAAUAUAUUACCACUGAUUGGUUUGGUAAUGGACUUUUUAUCAGUCUGGAUGGAUGAGACUUUACUCUAGUCUGGAUGGAUGAGACUUUACUCUAGAUGUGUCUCUGUCUGGAGGAGAGAGUUGUAAGAGAGGGUAGAGUGUGCUUUUGGAAUACAUUGUAUCUUUGAGUGAGUGAGUUGUGAACUUAACUGAGUUUUACUGAGAUGGAUGUAGCGAGAAUGGAAUGUUAGUAUGGAUGGAAUUAACUCCUUCCUUUAGAGAGAAUUAUGCACAUACACAACUCAGCAGCUCUUUAAACCUAAACCAGAAGGUUGCUAGCACCUUUUGUAAAGGUAUAUGAUGAGAAUCUACAGUAGCCAAUACAUAUUAUCUGUUUGGUUACUGACUGUAAUAACAAAGUCCCCUGGUGAUUUCUAUAGUUCAAUAGGUUUUACUGCAGUCUACGGUGGUGUACUAAGCGCAGCAGUGUUGAGUGUGUUCUGUAAAAGUGCUGUGGAGACUGAAACCUUAGUGGUGGUGACUCCCUCAGCUCAGUGGUUCUGCUCUCUCUCUGUGUAUCCUGACUGCUAUGCUAUCUGAGCAGAAUGUUCUGAUCUGGGCUCGCUGAUCUGCAUGCCCCCCCCCCCCCCCCUAUACCUUCUCAUCCCUCGCUACCUCUCACUGCCUCCCUUCACUGGCCAUCACCCCUCUAUACCUCCCUCCUCCCUCUCUCCCUCCUCCCCCGGCUGUGUGGCUGGCUGGCAGGUCCUGUCCUGUCCUGUCAGCCCGGCCAGGCAGAGGGAGGCAGACCCAGGCAGGCAGAAGAUGCCCUUGUGUGUGGCAGGCAGAAGAUGCCCUUGUGUGUGACAGCAGAGCAUGGCGGUGUUAGCAGAGUAGGAGCAGGAGGAGGAGGAGGAGGUAAAGCCGGGAAGAAGCAGCAGUGUCGGACUCCUCUACCUGACUGCUCCGGCUCCUCUCACUCCUGCUGCUGCCGUCUCUUUCAGGGCACCUCCUCCUUCACUGCCUCCUCCUCCACCCAGGGCCGGACACGCAGCUUCUCCCUGCUCCCUCCUCCAUCCAGCCAACACCACCCUGCCUCGCCCGUCUCUUCCUCCUUCACCUCCACCACCUCCUCCUCACCUGGUACCCAGAGAAAGCCUCUCUACCCUGGGGUUGGAGGGGUCGUCACCAUCACCCAUCACAGAUCCCCUGCUGCGGCCCGCCGGGCCAGGACCCAGUACAACUACCACCACCACCAGAACAACCAGAACUACCACCCUGCUCCAGGGAGGCUGAGCCAGGUCAAAGAGGUAGGGCUGCUGCUCUGGUAGGACUGUAGGUAGGUAGUACUGCUCUGGUAGGACUGUAGGUAGGUAGUACUGCUCUGGUAGGACUGUAGGUAGGUAGUACUGCUCUGGUAGGACUGUAGGUAGGUAGUACUGCUCUGGUAGGACUGUAGGUAGGUAGUACUGCUCUGGUAGGACUGUAGGUAGGUAGUACUGCUCUGGUAGGACUGUAGGUAGGUAGGUAGUACUGCUGUGGUAGGACUGUAGGUAGGUAGGUAGGUAGGUAGGUAGGUAGGUAGGUAGGUAGGUAGGUAGGUAGGUAGGUAACCUUAACCUCGAAAAGUCCAAGUCUACUAAGCUAAGAUGGUCAUACCAUGGCUCGUUUAGCUAUUUGAUUUGGAAUUUUAGGACCCCUUUAGGUAUAAAAACAAAAUAUAUUUUUUAAAUAUUGCAUUUGGCCUUUACUACUAUAGCUCAUAGAAAUGCAUUGAAUAACACAUUCAUAAAUGGCAAAACAUUUAUCAAAAGGAAUAAGGUUUUGAAGAUUCUAGGAGAUAUAAGAAAGCUCAGGAAAUAUUUUUUGGGACACAUAUUUAACCCCUUAUUUUUGUUGACGCAAAACUACCACCAUACUUCCAUUAAUUUGUAUGGGUUACAGUAUCGCGUUCGUGAGAGUCUCAUCUUUCCAUAGAGUGGUCAUAUUAUUUUCAAGGCCAAACCGUUCAGACGUUUUCGUGAGAAGACAGAUUUUCAAGAUGUCUCUUGGUCUGACAAACACUGCUGUAGCUCGGCCACCUUCCACCGCAGAUGCGGAAGGCCGACAUCAGCGGAUACGGUGGAUUUAGAUGCAGCCUAUGCAAAAAAACGGAUCUCUAGCUUAUAUUGACUGAUUUUGAUGGGGAUUUUUUGUAUUAUGUUACUUAGAUUGACCCGUCCAAUAUACAAUUUUUUUGCUUCCUGAGAUAGGGCUGACUGUAUGGCUAUGGCCUUUAAACAGCUGUGGCUCUCCCUGGAAUUGGCUGAGUUCUGUCUCCACAGAGAGGUGCAUGUGUAUUUAAAAGAGGAAGUAUCCCUGCGGCGCUGUGUCUGGUUCAUAGAGGUCUCUCCUCUCCUGGGUGUUGGAGAUUAACCUGGAUGGGGAUGGAUGUGGUCUGAGCCUCAGACCCUAAAACCUAACUCUAUUACCUUUUAACUAUAUUAUUACUUUUAUAUGUAUAUGUAUUUUUUAUUUUAUUACUGAGCCAGGCGGCUAGCAGACGUGCAAACCUAAGCAGGGAAUUCACUUCCUCCUUAUCAACAAUGCAUGUAUUCAUUGGUUGAGCAUGGAUUAGUACAUGAGGAAAUUCCCUUUCCGUAAGGUAGAACAGCACACCAGGAUUUUGAACAUGGUAAACUGAUCCUGUCAGGACUUAUGGGUAACUUCUACCUGUAGCCACUAGAGGCUUUGUCUAUCUGGAGCCGCUAGAGGCUUUGUCUAUCUGGAGCCGCUAGAGGCUUUGUCUAUCUGGAGCCGCUAGAGGCUUUGUCUAUCUGGAGCCGCUAGAGGCUUUGUCUAUCUGGAGCCGCCAGAGGCUUUGUCUAUCUGGAGCCGCUAGAGGCUUUGUCUAUCUGCAGCCACCAGAGGCUUUUUCUAUCUGGAGCCACCAGAAGCUUUGGCUCAGUUCCUCUAAUGACAGGUCAUAGGAAGGGGACAGAGGAACAGGAGAGGGUUGUGAGGAGAGGAGGAGGAGAGAGGAGGAGGAGAGGGCUGUGGAGAGAGGAGGAGGAGAGGAGGAGGAGAGAGGAAGAGCAGAGGGCUGUGGAGAGAGGAGGAGGAGAGGGAUGUGGAGAGAGGAGGAGGAGGAGGAGGAAUAG